AUGCUACUCGAUCCCUCAUUUCAACAUUUAAUUUCGUUCAACUCGAAUGGUCAGUCAUUUACCGUCACCAACGUUCAGGAGUUUAGUAAAGUUGUGUUACCCAAACAUUUCAAACACAACAAUUUCUCGAGCUUUGUUCGUCAGUUGAAUAUGUAUGGAUUUCACAAAGUCAAUAAAACUCCACGAGGUCAACGUGGGAAUGAUAAUAACGCAUCAUGGGAGUUU